CUCUCUCUCUCUCUCGCUCAGAUCUCUCCGCAGCCAAUUUUCCGUCGGGAAGAUGGCGUCAUUAGCCCUCACCUCCGCCGUGAGCCUCCGUCUCCGGCCACUCCCUGGUGACAAGCCUCGUCUCUGUUCUGCUCGAUCGCGGGAAUUCAGAUUCAAAUCCGACGAAACUAAAGCGUUGCUCACUCCCUCGCUCAAAUGCUGUGAUGCGCGGCGCCGCCUGCAGCACCACGUGGUGAAGGCGGCGGCGGGUGCAUCCGGUUCGGCGGCGGUCCUGGCAGCUCCGAAGCAGCAGGUGGCGCAGCCUUGGCAGGGCGCGGCGAUUAAGCCACUUAUUGCUUCCAUCGCUACCGGAGUCGUGCUCUGGCUUGUUCCGCAACCAGGUGGAGUUUCGCGGAAUGCGUGGCAGCUGCUGUCGAUUUUCCUCGCCACCAUUGUGGGAAUCAUUACCCAGCCUCUCCCCCUGGGCGCCGUGGCGUUGAUGGGGCUCGGCGCGUGCGUGUUGACGAAAACCCUCACUUUCGCCGCCGCGUUCUCCGCCUUCGGCGAUCCCAUCCCCUGGCUAAUCGCCCUCGCGUUUUUCUUCGCGCGCGGGUUCAUUAAAACGGGGUUGGGGAAUAGAAUCGCGUAUCAGUUCGUUUCCUUGUUCGGUAGCUCUUCUUUAGGAUUAGGCUACAGUUUAGUGUUCAGUGAAGCUCUAUUAGCGCCGGCGAUUCCGUCUGUUUCCGCGAGGGCCGGAGGCAUUUUCUUGCCGCUGGUGAAGUCUCUUUGUGUGGCUUGUGGCAGCAACGUCGGUGAUGGAACGGAGAACAAGCUGGGAUCGUGGCUGAUGUUAACUUGCUUCCAGACAUCAGUGAUAUCCUCAUCCAUGUUCUUGACGGCAAUGGCUGCCAAUCCUUUGAGCGCCAAUUUGACUUCCACCACCAUUGGUCAGACAAUUGGGUGGAUGGAUUGGGCUAAAGCUGCCAUUGUGCCUGGUUUGGUGUCGUUGGUUGUUGUGCCAUUGCUGUUGUACAUUAUCUAUCCACCAACAGUAAAGAGUAGUCCCGAUGCACCUAAGCUUGCAAGGGAGAAAUUGGAGAAGAUGGGACCAAUGUCGAAGAAUGAGAUCAUUAUGGCCGGAACUCUGCUACUUACGGUGGGACUCUGGGUUUUUGGUAGUAAGUUAAAUGUUGAUGCUGUUACUGCUGCAAUACUUGGAUUAUCUGUCCUCCUUGUGACUGGAGUUGUCACAUGGAAGGAAUGCUUAGCCGAAGCAGUUGCUUGGGAUACCCUGACUUGGUUUGCUGCACUCAUUGCAAUGGCUGGUUAUCUCAACAAAUAUGGCCUUAUCUCAUGGUUUAGUGAGACUGUCGUUAAGGUUGUUGGGGGAUUAGGCCUUUCAUGGCAACUGUCUUUUGGCAUUUUAGUUCUUCUCUACUUCUACUCUCACUACUUCUUUGCUAGUGGAGCUGCUCACAUUGGAGCCAUGUUCACAGCAUUCUUGUCGGUAGCUAGCGCUCUAGGUACCCCGCCAUACUUGGGAGCCUUGGUACUCGCCUUCCUCUCUAACAUCAUGGGUGGCCUCACACACUACGGUAUAGGAUCAGCACCCGUGUUCUAUGGUGCAAACUACGUUCCACUUGCAAAAUGGUGGGGCUAUGGGUUCUUGAUCUCUGUCGUUAAUAUCAUUAUCUGGCUUGGAGUGGGAGGAAUUUGGUGGAAGGCGAUCGGAUUGUGGUAGAGCCAGCUUGGUAGCAUGAUAUGCUCUACCAACCUAGUUUUGGUGGUUAUUCAAGAUUAAGGAUGUUUUGGUGACCCAUUCAUAGUUUUCAUUAAGGAAUAAUACUUUGAUGGACGGACAUAUCAUAUCAUAUAGUUGAGGAUGGUAUACACAGCAUUAGGUUCAUUCAUAGUUGAAGCUCAGGCUUGAGGCUUGUAUGUUUACAAAUUUUGACACAUAGUGGAUCUUUAUUUUUUGCUCAA